AUGGCCACUAAUGAGUACACGUUGUAUAACUUCCACGGCUUGUGUGACACCAUCUACUCAUUCAGUCAAAGACACCACUGUUUCGGUCACUCAUCACAACUCGAUUACAACGGAUGCGGUCUUUACAGCGCUUCCAACGCAUCCAAAAUCAACACAAUCGCCAACUUUUACGCCACCAGCCCUUCGUUGCCCUACUUCUUAGACAAACCCAGACAACAGUUCCCAUAUGUGGUCAAAGAUUGUCUCAUUACCACAAAAGUUGGUCACAAAGACGUGUUGUUGUGGUCAACGAGAGCCACAAUCAGUGGUCACUGUUUAGAGACAAACAGUGAUAAAAGACAUCAUUAUAGCAGUGAUGAUAGUGUCAGUUGUGGACCCUUUAGGCACAACAGUCACAAGACUUGCCAACUCUUUGGCAGUGAUGACCAAUACGUCAAACCAAUCAUUGAAUUAAAAGCCAAUGAUUUGUCUGAAGUUCAGAGCAAUAGUCGCAAUAAAAUCACAUUUUAUCGGUUCAGUGAAGACUCGAUGAAUGAAGACUUAGACAUCACUUUAGAUGUGUUCAAUGAGAUCGAUGUCGAGGAUGUGGCCACAAAUGAGUCGGCGUUUGAGUGGUGCGAUCGCAAUUCUGUCAUUGAUAAUCAGCUCAUCAUUUCCUAUAAGACCGAUGAUGUGAUCCAUUUGUAUGACUUGGAGGACAACGAGUCGAUCAACGCAUUCAAACCGAACUCAAUGGAUGCUCAGAGACAAAUAGGUCUUCAGUGGACUCAAUACAACCCGAAUGUGUUCUUCUAUGGAGAGACCAAUCAAAUACUUUGUUAUGACUCGCGAGGAGGCAAACCGGUCAUCACUGUGAUGGACACCAAACAUAACGAUAAUCAAUACAAAUGGGAAACGUUUCACAAGUUUAUGCCCUCAAAGCUCAAUGAAUACCAACUGUUUGUGGCCACAGAUUAUCAUAUAUUCAUCAAUGACUGUAGAUUUGCCAAACAUAAUCUGAUGCAAUUGAAUCACAUGAUACCCACGAAUGUGGUCCGAAAUCUUAAGAGUUUAGUUGUCGAGUGCGAUGAAGAGAAACGUGAAAUUGUGGUCACUUCUGACUUGAAACACAAUUGUUUGAUGUCUUUUAAACGUCUGACUGAUGUGACGGCCCUCUCAUCCCUUCACUUGCCACUACACGCGAGCACUCCAAUCGAUACCAACAUUCAGUUUGAAGAGUAUAUCUACCGCGGAGUACAACUCAUAGACAGCGGCGACAAAUCUGGCUUUUCUUUAGCGGUUGUGACACAAUUCGGUGAUAUUUUUAUGCAAGACUUCUAUUGGAACCGUUCGGACCCAAUGAAUGGACAGUUAAGUGUCGGUCACUUUAGGGACAGGACGUGUGCGUCAGGAUUGGGUUCUAAAGACUUUACGCUAAGCACUGAAGUGAAAGAAUACUUGAAAGUUGUGAAUGACUUCCUGUUUAAUAUUGAAAAAGCAAAAGUGGUUGAGUUGGACGACAUCAGACAGUGUGUCCAUUGCUGUGCUGAUAGGGUCUGUAAAUUAGUGGCCAAUGAGUGUCACUGCAGGGAUUUGGUUGCAGUGGCACCGACUCUUCCGCCCGACCCAAUAGGCAAGAAGUCGCGCAUUACUCUCAAUGAACUUCUAAGUGAUGGCCGAUAUUUUGAACAAGAACUCGUCGAUAAUUUUAAGAGAUUAGAAGAUUCACAGUAUUUGGACCAAAAUGUGGACAAUUAUACAAAGAGUUUGCUCGAA